AUGGCCAACGCUUUUACCCACCUAUGGGCCUUCCGAAUUCUCUGCCUCUACGAACUCAAGAGAUUCAUUACGCAUUUCUCGCGCCAUGACCAAGAGCAGCCGAUCUGGACCGGGCAGCUUCGUAUGAAUUACGAUGACAUUCAAGCCCAGCUCAUUGCAUUUGCGAAAAGUAUAUCUCUGAGUAUGGUCUACCUCCUACAAGAGGAGAUGAGACUUUUUGGGCCGGCAUCUACCAUCUUCCCACUCCAGAUAGCCUACAAAGUAUACAAGUCAGCUGGCUCUGGGCACCAGGCUGACAUUGCCUACCUUGAGGGAAUCGUUGAUGAACUCCAUCAAAAGGGCCUGAAGUCUGCUAGUGCUCAUGUAUUUGGUGACUGA